ACCUCGCUUGUCAAUCCCCACUUCUUUGCCGUCAGGUGCUUGUUCGAGUGGCCGGCAGCUUCCGCAAUGGUUCCAGACGCGAUUACUCUUCGUGAUCUCACCCCCGACACCUUGAAAUCCUUCAAGAGACUGCACCAAGUCCUCUUCCCAGUCGCGUUCGCGGACGCGUAUUACAAGGAAAGCUUGAAGAUCGGUUCAUUGGCAAGGUUAGCAUUUCACGACGACACUUGCGUCGGCGUCGUCCGCUAUGCCUACGAUGAAUCCUCGUCAACCCUAUACAUUUUGGCCAUUGGCGUAUUGGCACCUUACCGUCAUCUAGGAAUCGGAUCACGACUGUACAAUUACGUUCUACUACAAGCACGAGAAAGGGGGGCUGCGAAAGUCGAGCUACAUGUCCAGACCUCGAAUGAGAACGCGAUAGAGUGGUAUAAAGCAAGGGGAUUCCAGAUUGCUGAGAUGAUAGAUGGAUAUUACAAGAGGGCUCUUGACAAAGACGCUUACCUUCUUCGGUCCGUGAUGGAGUAAGCUGGCUACGGGGACGGAAGAGC